CUUUAAAAAAAAAUUCUAGUUCCAAAAAGAAAAUGUUAUAAAAUCAUAUUUUUUUCCCCUAAAGAAGCUUUUUUUUUUCUUUUUCCAUAAGUAUGGUGUUCUUUUUUUGUUGUCGUACUAAAAGAACUCGGAAAAGUAUGGGUUCAGAUAAUCAAAACCAACGUUCUAUCACAAGUGAAAUACAAACUUCUACAUAUAACACCAAUGAUACUGAAACGGAACAAUUUGAUGAGAAAACAUUUAAUAAUGAUCAAGAUACAAUAAGUAAAAAACAAGACGAAAAUCAACAACAAACAAAUCAGUUUACAUUCGAUCGUCCUGUAACCGUUAGUGAUGUUCUUGAAGGGAAAAUAACUCUUCCAACUCCUGCUCCAAAAAAGCAAAUCGAAAAAGAUAUUGUUAAUCCUCAAAUUAAUAAUAAUAAUAAUAAUAAUAAAGAUAAUAAUAAAGUUCUGAAUGGAAAGAAAGAAAUACAAAGAUUAUCAACUACAGAUUCUAUGCAAGAAUUUCUUGAAAUUCCUGAUAACAUAGUUCCAAAUGAUUAUGUUAAACGAGAUGAUGAUGAUGAUGAAAAUAAUGAUUCAUAGUAUAUAAUGUUUAUUUAGACUUUUUUUUUUUUUCAUUCUUUUUAAAAAUAAAUGAGCUCGUUAAACUAAUAAUAAUCUAAUAAUUUUUAUCAUUAAUAUACCUGAUUUAAAAACUAAAAUAAAUUAAAUCUACUCUUAAUAAUAUUUAGAUUUUGUACCAUCUUACGAUUACAUUGUAUUUUUAGUAAUUACAUUUAUUUAUUAUAAUUUAGACUUUUUAUUUAUUUAAUUUUAGAAGAACAUAGUGGUUCUUGUUCUUUUGAUGAAAACGUGGUGUGAGUCACAUAAUCAUAGAAUCUUUCUAGUAGAAUAUAUUAACAUUUGAUCAUUGUACAAAUAAUGAUAUUUGAAAAAGUGGCAUAUCUCUAGAGAAAUAAUAAAACUAUUAUUCUAAAACUUGUUAAAUGU